ACUAUUUGAGCAGCAGCAAUGGCGAUGAUCGAGAAGUGGAAAUUUCUUCCAGAGGGGAUUCUGAUGGACAUCCUCACAUGGUUACCAGUCAAGUCCGUCUUGCGAUGCAGGUGUGUAUCCAAGAAUUGGUGCAAUCAUUUCACGAACCCUGAUUUUAUUAAAAUUCAUACUAAUCAUUCUAAUCAACUGAAACAUUUUAGUAUCAUCCUUUCCAAACAAAAACCAACUUUAUACAAUUCAGAUGAACCUUAUACUGCUUCGUUCCCUUCUCUUGAUUACAACAUUACCACUUCUACAUUUGAUAUGUCUGUUGAAUAUCACUGUCCAUUUCACUACUGGAAAUGUUAUAUUCGUAUCCUUGGUAUUUGUAAUGGAUUGUUUUGCCUCCGGUCUGAUCUUGAACUGUUAUGCAUUUGGAACCCAAUUACUAACGAGUAUAAAAAAAUAGCAGAAAUACCGGAUUUACCUCCACAAACUCAAUCUGUAUUUUCUGUUCCAGCACAUGGGUUUGGUUACGAUUGCAAGACCGGGGAUUACAAAGUAGUUAAAAUUAUUACUGGUGGGAGUGAUAGGGUUUCUCAAGUUAGAGUAUAUACUCUAGGAACAGAUUCCAUGAGAGCACUCGAGAAUAUUCAUUAUGUGUUUUCUCUACUUGGAAGAGCAAAUGGAGUUCUGCAUUGGCUGGUAGAUCCCUGCAACAGAGGUGAAAACACUAUUAGGGUUAUACUUUCUUUCGAUGUCGGGGAUGAGAAAUUCAGGGAAAUGCAACUACCGAUACCUCUGUGUGGUGCACCUGAAGGUGAUAAGUAUUAUAAGACAUCUAUUGGAUUGUUGGAUGGUAAACUUUGCUUAUCUUGGUACGUUAGUGAUGGGAACGUAGAUGUAUGGGUUAUGCAGAAUUAUGGUGUAAUAGAAUCUUGGACUAAACUUUUCACCGUUAGCAGGCUAAAAGAAGAUAUCGAGCUUCUGAGGCCUGUACAAUCUUUCAAGAAUGGUGAUAUCUUAUUAUUUGGUUAGCCUUUGAACUGUGUUGACCCGUAUAAUGGGGAUUUAAUCUUGUAUAACCCAAUGAAUUGAAAUGCUAGGUUUUUGGACACAAGUAGUUAUCAGGCGCUGGAAAAUGCGCACACUUAUGUUGGUAGUCUGGUUUCGGUUAAAUCUAUUUGUGGUGCAAGCCAUGAAGUUGUAGAGCAGGCAGUAUUACAAUAAGCUGAUAAAAAAAACUUCAAGAAGGAGACGGUUAAUAUGAGUAGGUUUUGUAGAAGCAUAAAAGAAGCAGAAAGCUAGAUCCGUCUCUGUAUACCAUCGUUGUGAUGCAGCACCUUCAUGGAUGGGCUUUUGCAGGUUGCACUGGUUGCUGCACUUGGAUCCCCUUUACAACCGCAUUCUCUACUUCUGCAUAAAUAUCCAUCAACUUGGUCAGUAAUUAUAACUUGGAAUUUAGGGAUAAGGCCACUCACUGAUUGCCGAAGUCAAUUAUGGAGUAAUUCUGUCCCUUAUGUUCAACUACCCUACAUUCUUUGAUUAUUGCCGAAGUCAGAAAAUAUGGAGCUGUUAUUAGCGAUGAUGAAUUGCAGUAGAGAGCUAUCAACACCUUGUUGUACCUACUGGUGUUGUCUAUGCUGUGGAGUUAUGGAUAGAAGUGGAAGGGAUUUAGUUAACAUGGCAAAGAAGCGUAUAAAUGUUAUACCCACCACUGAAGAUGCUAUGCAUUCUUCUAAGUAUAGAAUCAGAAUGUUGGUUGGAAUGGUUGAUGUUAUUUUUUCUGAUGUUGCUCAACCUGAGCAGGUGUGUGCUCUACUUAUAUGAAUUGUGCAGUAUGCAGUAUGUGAAAAUUUAUCUUUUUCAUAUGUUGUGUGUAAUUUACCUUUUAUGUACACCAUUGCUGUAUCAAAUUUUGUACUCCAGGUUAACCUUCUUUUUUUAUUUCAUAGUUGUGAAUAUCGUUUUUGCUGUUUGUGUUUCUUCAUUUUUUUGUUAAUAUAAAAUACAUCAUCUCUCUGUAGUGCUGUUUUAUUUUCGAAUGUGUUUUCGAGUUUUUGUUUAUGGUCCUUGGGACCUUGAGCAAUUUCAGUGACCAUGUUGGUGUACCUGUUGACUUGGUUAGUCGUUUUGGUUUACAUUUAUGACAACUAGCAUAUGACAAGAUAUACUCGGGUUUCCCUUUACGGGUGAUGUAAAAUCAAGUUUCUGAUGCGAUAUAUUUUAUAGGUUUGUUUAUCUUAAUGCCCUUUAGGUAUAUUAUGUCUUACACUUUUGUUUAUCUUGAUGCUUUUGUCCGACUUGUAACCUUCAAUUGUUUCAAUUUCCGAGUAUUUAAUCUAUAUCAACUCUUUCCACUGGGUUAUUUAUGAUCUGUCUUUUUAGUAUUGUUUCCAUGCCAAAUCUACGGAUUUUGGUUGCACCUACGAUGACUAGCAUAUGAUCCUACAUACUCGGAUUCCCUUUCAGACAUUUUGGGUGAUGUGAAGUCGAGUUUCUGAUGUGGUAUUUUUCCGAUUUCAAUUACUAUAACAUGUUCUUCCUUAGAUUUUUAUUUAUUUUUACCUAGCUUAUGUUGUGCAGCUUGUGAAAUGCUGGUAAGUUCAGUAAGGAAACCAGUCACUGAUAUUAUUGUUGUUGAAAGAAGUUCAAGUGGUUACCAAUUGUAUAGCUGCCUCUUGUGAUUGUGUCAAAUGCACAUUCAGUUACCAGCUACCUGCAGGCUGCAGGCUAGGAUCUUAGCUCUGAAUGCUUCAUAUUUCCUUGAAAAUGGAGGUCACGUUGCAGUCUCUAUCAACGCGAAUUCUAUCAAUCCAUGGUUCCAGCAGAGGCAGUCUUUGCACAAGAGUGAAGAAACUGAAGCAAGACCAGUCCAAGCAGCUGAGCAAGUCAGACUAGAGCAUUUUGAGCGAGAUCAUGCUUGUGUGUUGGUGGUUACAGAAUACAGAAUAGUACUCAAGACAGCCAAACCUGUUGCUUAGAACUGGAGAGAACUGUAUCUUCUUCUGUUUUAGUUUUGAUCCUGGUUCUGCGCCAGUACCUGAAAUGUUCCACAGUUUUCAGCAUAAUUUUGGUGAUAUGAAAUCAAUAUC